CUUCGUUUUUAUGUUCGUAGCCCAGAGGUCAAAACUAUCAACCUCGACAACUCGUCCACUGUAAACGCUAACUACCUCUUUUGGCACGUCAAAGCGCAGCUAGCAAGUAAUUAAAUAUGUCUGACGAUGACUUUGAUAUGGCCGCCAGCGACGAUGAGUAUGGCUUUGAAUACGAGUCAGGGUCUGAAGACGAGCCAGAUGUGGAGUUGGCGAAUCAGUAUCACGAGGGCAAGGAGCUCAAACAGAAUCCAGAGGAGGGCAUAGCGGCCUUCGAGAAAGUUUUGGAACUCGAAGUGCGGACUUCCAGCCCAGGCGAGUGGGGCUUCAAAGCCCUCAAACAGAUACUGAAGCUGCUGUUGAAGCUGAAUCGAAUGAACGAAUUCAUGGAGCGCUACAAUCAGCUGCUCACUUAUGUCAAGAGUGCCGUAACCCGCAACGUAUCGGAGAAAGGAAUCAAUAACAUCCUGGAGUACAUGUCGAAUACCAGCGACGCCCAAGUGCUGCGUCAAGUGUACCACGUCACGCUGACUGUGUUAGAAGACACCAAGAAUGACAGGCUUUGGUUCAAAACCAACCUGAAACUGGGGCGUUUGCACUUCGAUCGGCGCGAGUUUGGGCCUUUGCAGAAGAUACUUAAAGCUCUGCACCAGUCGUGUCAGGAUGAGGAUGGGGCUGAUGACACGCGCAAGGGCACACAACUACUGGAGGUAUACGCUCUCGAGAUCCAGAUGUACACCGAACAGAAAGAAACAAAAAAACUCACCGCCCUCUACCAGCGCGCAACCCGCAUCAACAGCUCUGCCAUUCCCCACCCUUUGAAUCUAGGAAUCAUCCGAGAGUGUGGUGGUAAGAUGUACAUGGGCGAUGGCAACCUGGCUGAGGCGUAUGCCGAUUUUUUUGAGGCGUUCAAGAACUACGAUGAAGCCGGCAGCCCUCGGCGCAUUCAGUGCCUCAAAUACCUGGUGUUGGCGAGUAUGUUAAUGACUGAGAAGGGUGACACAUUCAUCAAUCCGUUUGACAGUACUGAGGCCAAUCCCUACAAAAGCGACCCGGAGAUUGUUGCCAUGACAACCUUAGUGAAGGCGUAUCAAGAAAACGAUAUCAAUACGUUCAGUCAGGCACUCAAGGAACACGGCGAGCAGAUCAUGGGCGACACAUUCAUGCGUGACUAUGUGGAGGACCUGCUACUGGCCAUUCGCACACAGUACGUGCUGCUGCUCAUCAAACCGUACACGCGACUGCACAUCUCCUUCAUCUCCAAGGAGCUCAACAUUCCAACCGAUGAAGUGGAGGAUCUGUUGGUGGCGCUGAUCAUGGACGAACGCAUCAAGGGACAGAUCGACCAGGUCAAUCAGAUAGUCAUCUUGGAGAAGUCUAAGGUCGACUCGGACAAAUACGACGCCCUCGGGGAGUGGCAGGAGCAACUCGACGCCCUCUCGAGCAAGACGUGUUCACGUUUAUCCACUCCGUUAAAGGGCUGAACACUCGGCUUCCAAGUGUGCCAGCGAUGCGUACGAUGCGCGUGCUUACAUCUGUAUAUUCGUACACAUCUGUGCUUCUGUCGCUACUUGCGAAUAUGUCUGAUAAGUGGUCGGAGGGGCAUGCCUGGCUCCGUAUCGUUCCAUGUUGCACAGGCCCGACUGUCUGCAGACCGUGGUACUCGGUGGACAUGGGUGGACUGACAGGGCCCUCUCCCUAGUACAACACCAGGACAGGACUACUUGAUAACUUACAGUGCAACAGUACAAAAGAAGUACUUGGUAUGUCAUACUGCACCAGCAUGGGAGGUAUGCCAAUGUACCAUGCACCAGCACCUGAUGUCAUGGUGAUUCGCUCUAUCUAUGCGAGGCAGUCACCCGGUUUCUUAUCCGCCGUAGGCUGUUCAGGCCCUCCGCUACAUUGGUGGCGACUGAGGCCAGCUGUGUGAGACUCAUUAGAUAUUCGAGACAAGCGUUGGGUGCACUGCAGAGCCAUCCACGCAUGGAAUGCGUUCAGUAUACACUCCACUGCCCGAGGGUGAGUGGUGAUUGCCAACGGUUGGGUGAGUAGUGGCUGCCAAGGGUCAGAUUGUGGUAUAGGUGCAUGUGUUCAGUCCUUCGGUGUGCGGGAGAUUAGUCUCUUGGCAAUGUUUGCGAUCGUUCCGAUUGUCGACUCACGCUGGCAGCCCCAGCUCCGAUUUGGAGAAGUACUUCUCCAAUUAUUUGCGGAUGCUUUUAAGCCGCACAAUACAACCGCGGCAAGUGUUUCAAGAGAGACGCAAAUGUACCGUGCUAUAUCAAGAAGCUGUGUAAAAUAUGUGAUAAGAUGAAUAUUCUAAGUGAAUAAAGCAAAAGUCGGG